AUCACCCCCACACACACACACCCAACAGGAGCCCUCUCAUCACCACCUGUGCUUCACAGACCCCAAACAUGACUUUCAACGGCACCUGGAAAGUAGACCGCAACGACAACUAUGAGAAGUUCAUGGAACAACUGGGCGUUAACAUGGUGAAGAGGAAGCUGGCUGCCCAUGACAAUCUGAAGAUCACCAUUGAGCAGACUGGAGACAAAAUGAAGGUCAAGGAGAGCAGCAACUUCCGAACUCUGGACAUAGAUCUCACAUUUGGCGUCCCCUUCGAGUAUUCCCUGGCUGAUGGAACCGAGCUGUCUGGAUCAUGGUUCAAUGAGGGAGAUACAAUGAUGGGCACAUUCACAAGGAAAGACAAUGGCAAAGUCCUCACAACGACAAGAACUCUUGUUGAUGGCGAGAUGGUUCAGAGCUACAACUAUGAUGGUGUGGACGCCAAGAGGAUCUUCAAGAAGUGUUAAAAGAAGUUCCAUUUCAUCCUGGUGUCUGUCAGACGCUGACAAGAAGAGAGCAGUCCGGCCCUUAGAUUGUGUGACACAGACUGGCACGGGGAGAACUAUUUUUUCCCCUCUUAUUUGAAAGACUGCCACACACAAUGGUGGCUGAGAUAUUCUUCUACAGUGCUUUUAUAACAAGUUUCCAGAUGUACUUCAUUCAGCCAUGCACUGUUCACAGCGCACAGACAGCAAACCAAACAACUUGUACUGCAUUUUGAUAUGAAAUGACAAGAUAUUGUUGAGUCAGUGUGCGUUUUGAUAUUAAGUGGAAAUAAAUGGGGAGAAAAAGUG